AUGUUGCGCCGCUGCGGGUGCCGAAGGAACGUGUGGUCGAGCCACAUAUCCACGAAGCGCACCGUGGUUGAGGCGUACGAACAGCUUGCGCGUAAAGGUGUCAUAACGGCCGACGCUCGCCAGCGGUAUAUGUCAGAAGCAUGCACACCCCUUCUCCAGUACAUUCACCAGUGCUACGCAGACGAGGUUGCCGGCAAGGUGUCACCGUACACCCGGCCUUGCAUGUCAGCGAGCGGUGAAAGGGGCCACUGGGCGCAAGCGUGGCGCUCACUGCGGAGGUCUAUCUGGGCAGUCCUCGCGAAGAAGGCGAGAUGGGCACUCUCCGACUCUGCCACUCGCACACUGGGCCCCUUGGAGGCGGAGAAUAUUGGCGCGGUGGAGAAACGUGGGCUGUACCUGUGGGGUGAUGUGGGAAUCGGGAAGACGAUGAUACUGGAUCUCUUUGACCUCUGCGCUACCCCGUAUGCGAAGCGCCGUUCCCACCUGCAUUCUUUUAUGAGUGAACUGGAGGACCGCCUCUUUCGCGCGGAGAUGGCGCUGACGCAGCGGCGCCGGUCAGCAGUGUCGCCGAAAGAGAAAAGGGCACUGGGUGCCGUCCGUCCCAUCAACGUGGUUGUGCAGGAGGUGCUGCGCGAGACGCCUAUCCUGUGCUUCGACGAAUUUCAGACCUUUGAUGUGGCUCACGCCGCGUUGCUCGCCGCCUUCUUCAGCGAGGCGUUCCGUGAAGGACUCUUCUUCAUCACGACGAGCAACCGCCCCCCGGAGGAUCUGUGUCGUGUUUCCGCUUCCUUUAACGCGUUCCUUCCUGUGCUGCGGCAGCACUGCCAUGUUGUGCACUGCGCCGACAUUCGUGACUACCGCGUGAAGGAGGCUGUGGAGCGGCACCACCAGCUUAUCUUUUUGCACCCAAACACCAAGACGAACGUGGAGCGGCUGCUGCGGCGUGUCGAGCAUGCUUUCGGGGCUGGUGGCGGAGAGCUUGCAUGGAUCAAGGAGGACACACUGUGGCACCACGGCCGCAGCGUCGUGAUUCCGCUGCGAUGCGCUGGGUGUGCCAUGUUCGACUUUACCGACAUCUGCGGCGCGCGAGAAGGGCUAUCCUCCGCUGACAUCCAACUCAUCGCCCUGCAGUUCCACACUGUCAUUGUCACAAACGUGCCGCAGAUGGGCAACGUGAGCUCUAACGCGGCGCACCAGUUCGUUGUGCUGGUGGAUGAGAUGUACCAGAACAACGUGAAGCUGCUCUUCACUUCCUCUGUACCGUGGACGCAUCUCAUGGACCCCACCUACCCCACGAUCGACGUGCGGACCCUGGCGGACGGCGUCUCCGGGCGCAGCGGUGGCGCCACCUGUUCCGCAGGCGGUAGCCUUGGCACCGAGGUUUACAGCGAGGGCGAGGAUGAGAGGAGCGGGUACGCAGCUUCCUACGACUUUAGGAACGAGGAGGAGCUCAUGAGCUUUGCGCGCAUCCGCAGCCGCCUAAACGAAAUGGGCUCCGCCUCGUACCUGCUGCGCGAUCACCGUCACUUCGUCGUCACCGACUUCGAUUUUUCUGCUUUGCUCAGUCCAGACAUACGACGAACGGCGUACGAAUGA